GCUACGCGACGCCACCCUAUUGUGUUUAUCCAAUACAGACACGAUUCACGUGUAAAAUUUUAUCAUGUUGUUUUGAUUUUAAAAUUUACGACUUUUGCCGGCUGAGGAGCUCGUUUUAAUAAUUAUAUUUUAACUAUGGACAGUGAAAAGUAUCGAGAGAAAAAAUUUAAGAAAAGCUAUUUUAAGAAACAACAGCAAAAUAAAGAUGUUGAAAUGAAACAACCUACAAUUCUGGUCCGUGAACAUGCAGCCGAAUCUUCAGAAGCAACACCGCAGCAGCAGUCAACUUCGGCGAGCAAUAAAACAACAACCAUAAUCGUUAAGUCGAGAGAUGUGCAGGAAAUUAGAGCAGUGUCUCCAGUUGUUAACCAGAUAAAAGAUGUGAGCAGUAAACCAAACAGUUCAUCUGCAUGUUCGACUCAACCCAUCUAUCAACUUGCUGCAAAACCACCCCUUCCAACCACCACCAGUAAUGAAGCUCCCAGUCAACUUCAGUCUCCGCCUUUAAUGCUUUCACCUGUAAAGCUUCUCGAUGAAUGUUUGCAAGUCUGCGACGGGCCUCUCGAAUACUUGAUGGACCAAAAUGACUUCUUAGUUGUUGGAGUUAUCGGACCGCAGGGCUGUGGGAAGUCUUUUAUUUUAUCGGAGCUGGCAGCAAGCCCAGGAAUAUUUCGUUCUGAGGCACCAGAAAUACGAGCUGCUGGCGCACACUGCUCAGUUGGUGUAGACAUGUAUGUGACUCCAGCCAGAGUAAUUUUCCUCGACACCCAGCCACUUUUUUCCGCAUCUCUCAUGGAAUGCAUGGCAGGUGUGAAUGAAAAGAAAUUUUCAACUGACGCAUCAGUUGCCGAAAACAGUGCAGAAAUCAGUGACCUGCAUUUGAUAGCAUUUUUGCUAUCUGUUUGUCAUGUUGUGAUCUAUGUUGAUGAUUGGUUCCUCAACCUAGACGUUAUCAGGUACAUUCGAGAUGCAGAAAUGUUAAAAUUAUCAACCUCGUCAAUGUUCAUUAACGAUGUUGUCACGGAAUAUUUUCCUACUUUGGUCAUCGUGAAAAACAAUGCUGCUGCUGAUGACUUCAAGAAAGAGUCUCGAGCAAAAAUGGAAAAACUUGUCCAGAGAUGUUUCCAAGGGUCGAAAUUGAAGAUUGAUAGCAGGUGUUGCUACAAUUAUGGAAAAGCAACAUUGCCGGAGGAGAGACAAAGCUCUGUGUUUUUGCUGCCGUUUUACACCAACAAAGAAUUAAAUUUUUGUGGACAUGUUAGUUACGAAAACCUGAUAACAUCCCUACGUCAGCAAAUUCAGUCGACGCCAAAGCAAAAUAUCACUGCACUCCCCAUCUCUGAAAGGCACUGGUAUCACCAUGCCUGUAAAGUUAUGGAAAACAUAAAAAAGGGCAAUUUGUUCAUGGAGUACAGCCGAUUGCUGACUUGAAUGAAAAUGUCUUCGCACGGUCUGUUUUCUGGCAGGGAAAACGACCCAAACACAAUGAUUGAGUGCACGAUCACCAGGAAAAGGUCAGGCUUCGAUUUUUAUGAACAUAAUUUAAACAUUCUAUAUAUUUAUAUUUGAUUUAAAUGAUUUUCUUAUGUUUUUUAACUUGACAUUUCGAUUUUGUUUGCCUACAAAUUUUUUUAAAUUUAAUAAUUUUUAUCAGACAUUCAUUAUUUAAAAUCAAAAUUUGUUUGAAACUUUUUUUGGACAUUUGUUUACUAUUUGAAGCUGCAAAAAAUAAAUGUAUUUUUUUAUGCUUCCACGGUGA